ACCUAAAACAAUAUCAAAUAUUCACCGGAUAAUAGUCUUGAUUUUACACAUUUCACUGUAGAUUAUUAGUUGUUUUCCAUUCACAUUGAUUCUCAGAUAAUUUUCACUUGUGACAUAACACAGUUGAAUGUACGUUCCUUUUCUGACAAGUGAGAUUCGACCUAUGAGUGAGUUUUGACCUAUAAGCUGUACAAGAUCGAGACCGUGUGCUUUAGUGAAUCUCGUAAACUCACUUUAAAGUGAGGUUAUAAAUCUAUGUUGACAUGUGAUAAUUUUUUACUAAAGUAAGCAAGUAGUGACGUUAUUUAAUCUCAGGUAAAGCAAGUUAAGUAAAGGAAGUAAAGGACGGACCGUUAGAAGGGGAAGGAAAAAGGAAGAUCAUUUGGAGCAAGUUAGGUAGCACCCGCGUCGUAAUGCCGUCCGAGCGAACACCAACGUAGCGACGAAUAAUUAUAUGAUGUACCAGGACGCGUGCGAAGGACGAAACGUCAUAUGAAACAGUGUCUUUAACCUAAUUUCAUCCGUACUUGUUUUCCAAAAGAAUCUCAGUAAUACUCUGUACAUGAAACAUGAUGUCUAAUGGUAUUCAGAAUCCGACUGAGCAAAUUCAAGAUAUCUCAAUGGGGAAUAAUGUACAUCAUUCAUCCUUGGUAUCAUCGCCAUCGUCGGCCUUGAAUUCUCCCCUCAUGAAGCUAUCUUCGUAUUUCCUGGCAGCACGACCAUGGUCGCUGAGUGCGUCAUUGAUGCCGACACUUCUCGGAUCAGCACUUGCAUAUCGACUACCAGGCCUGGCGAGCUUCAAUUGGAUAUCGUUAUGCCUUACUGUGCUUAUAGUGUUUUGCGUGCAUGGUGCUGGUAAUGUAGUGAACACUUAUUUUGACUACGUGAAAGGCGUUGAUAGUAGAAAAAGCGACGAUAGAAUACUGGUAGAUGAGUUACUAUCCAAAGACGAAUUGGUCACAUUGGGGGCAUUCCUAUACGCAGCAGGAUGUUUAGGAUUUGUCUUACUGGCAGUCAUCUCUCCUGCAAAGAUGGAGCAUUUGGCUCUUGUGUAUUUCGGAGGUUUGUCCUCUUCCUUUCUCUAUACAGGAGGUAUAGGAUUGAAAUAUAUCGCUCUGGGCGAUGUACUUAUCUUAAUUAUAUUCGGUCCAAUCUCAGUUCUAUUUGCGUUUAUGGCGCAAACUGGUUAUGUUGAAUUAGGAACAAUUUAUUAUGCGAUACCGCUUGCCUUGAAUACCGAGGCUAUUUUGCACAGUAACAAUACGAGAGAUAUGGAAAGUGACGAGAAAGCAGGAAUCGUAACGCUAGCUAUUUUAAUAGGUCAUACCGCGUCUCACGUUUUGUAUGCUUUUUUACUGUUUACACCAUAUAUAAUUCUUAUAGUAGUGGCGUUUAGAUAUUCCCUCUGGUUUGUACUGCCAGUGAUCACUUUGCCGACUGCCUUUAAAAUAGAAAAGGACUUUCGCAAUCCGCAUAGAAUUCAAAACGUGCCUAAACGGACAGCUGGAUUAAAUUCAUUUCUAGGUAUUUUAUAUGUUCUCGCUUGUUUACUCGUGGGCUCGCUUCCUUAUCUGUAAAUUAUUCAUGAGGCAUCAUCGUCCUGGAUUACUCUUUCUAUUCCGUUGAUAUUUUUUUUCAGCAAGAAAAAAAAUUUCAUCUAGACUUGUAAUUAAAAGUAUGACUGUUCAGAGUGAGGAAAAGUUUGAAACAUGAAUUGUUUUAUUCAUUUUGAGAUAUCAAUUAUUCAUAGUUCAAUAUAACUUUCCGUCAUCUCGGAACAUAACUAAAUAUACAUAAUCCAAAUAUUGUUAUUAUCUGCAAGGGUAAUCCAAGACUGAAAUUUUUGAAGUUAGAC